GGAAGGCGGAAAGUCUGGCGAUAUCAAAAGACAGAGGAAGAAUUUAAUGAAAAAUGUCAGUGGUUUCGAGUGGGAUUUAUAGAGGGGGCUGGGUAAUCUUGUUACAUAAGGAGUCGUUUAAUUCACUGUUCAUUCACCGCUAAUCCGUUAUCCAUGUUCCUCUGUCCCGCGGCAGUAUAAACACUUGUGGCUUUGCCUGAAAAGACGAGGGAGCUCAUUAAUUUAUAAACACCCCACGAGAAGAAAGCCCUGCAUGUUGCAUGGUUUUCCAACUUUUAAAAAAAUGAUUCAGCUUCUCUGCAUUUUCACCCUGCCUCUCACGUCGCAGCGACAAAUCAGCACUGUGCCGCGCGUUCGUGACGAUUCGCUGACGCUUCCUCGACCACACCACUAAGAGAAACCCCGUGAAAGGGAUGAAAAACGUAUAGACCGGACUCUCUAUCCAAGGUGAAGGCUAAUCCUGCGGCGCGGCGAUCGAAAAUUCCACAAACAUAGGGCGACAUCAACGCGAGGCUAGAAAAUGGAGGUUCCUCGAGUGGGACACAGCAUUAGUAGCCCCGUAAGCCCGUGCGAGGACAUGAUCAAAAAUUUGAGCUUGGAGGCGAUUCAGCUAUGUGACAGAGAAGGAAACAAGUCCCAGGACAGUGGGAUUGCCGAGAUGGAGGAACUUCCUGUUCCACAGAACAUCAAAAUAAACAACAUCACAUGCGACUCCUUCAAGAUAUCCUGGGACAUGGACUCUAAAGCUAAGGAGCGCAUCACGCACUAUUUCAUCGAUCUCAACAAGAAAGAGAACAAGAACUCAAACAAGUUUAAACAUAAGGAUGUUCCGACGAAGCUGGUUGCCAAGGCGGUGCCCCUCCCCAUGACGGUGCGGGGUCACUGGUUCCUGAGCCCGCGCACGGAGUACACCGUGGCCGUGCAGACGGCCUCCAAGCAGAGUGACGGCGACUACGCCGUGUCGGAGUGGAGCGAGAUCAUCGAGUUCUGCACUGCGGACUACUCCGCCGUGCAUCUAACACAGCUGCUAGAGAAAGCCGAGGUGAUCGCAGGCAGAAUGCUGAAAUUUUCAGUCUUCUAUCGCAAUCAGCACAAAGAAUACUUUGAUCAUGCCAGGGAGGCCCAGAACAACAAAAUGCUGCCCUCGGUGAAGGACAACAGCGGCAGCCACGGCUCCCCCAUCAGCGGCAAGCUGGAGGGCAUCUUCUUCAGCUGCAACACGGAGUUCAACACGGGCAAGCCCCCCCAGGACUCCCCCUACGGCCGGUACCGCUUCGAGAUCUGCGCCGAGGCGCUCUUCAACCCAAAGACCAACCUCUACUUCGGGGACUUCUACUGCAUGUACACGGCCUACCACUACGUCAUCCUGGUGCUGGCCCCCGAGGGCUCGCCAGGGGACGAGUUCUGCAAGCAGAGGCUGCCGGCGCUGGACAUCACCGACAACAGGUUCCUGACCUGCACCCAGGGGGAGGACGGCCGGCUGGCCUUCCACCACGCCCAGGACGUCAUUCUGGAGGUCAUCUAUACCGACCCUGUGGACCUGGCCCUGGGGACGGUGGCCGAGAUCAGCGGCCACCAGCUGAUGAGCCUGUCCACUGUCAACGCCAAGAAGGACCCCAGCUGCAAGACCUGCAACAUCAGCGUGGGGCGCUAACCUCGCCCCCCUACUCCCCGAACCCCCCACCAACCCUCCCCAU